AUGGUUCUAAAUAUAAAAUUCCGUCGGGGAAGACAAAGUUCGCGCGCAAUACGGGCGCAGGCAGGUAGUGCGGGCGGGCGCGGGCGGCCGCGGGCGGCGGCGACGUAUCGAUUCCGCGACGCCUUCAGUCGGCGUCCGUCGAGCGCCGCGCUGCGCCGAGCCGCCGGCGAGCGGGCGUCGCCCCUCCUCGCGGCCCGCGCCCCGCCACCGCCCUCGUCCAUCGAAUCUCUCGUCGUCGUCGGCAAACUCGAACGACCUCUUUUCGCUAACUAA